AUGCUGGGUCUCGGUACCAUUUUCUAUGUGGCAUUGUUACUGGUAAACAGCAUCGCUAUCCUAAAUGAAGAGCGAUUCUUAAGUCGAAUCGGAUGGUCUACAAAUCCCCGUUCUCUCAGCAGCUUGGAUGCAGGAGAUGGCGAUUCAGGCGUCAAACAGCGCUUAAUUCAUCUUAUAAGUGCUGUUCGAGUAUUACUACGCAUUCCUUUGAUCAUCAUCAACGUCCUCGUCAUUAUCUAUGAGCUAAUUCUCGGGUAA